AUGGGGCCGCGGCACCUGCUGCUGCCGCUGCUGCUGCUGCUGGCCCUGCAGCUGCUGGCCCUGCUGCUGGCCGCGCAGGCGGCCGGCCCCCCCCGCGCCAAGGGCAACCGGACCCAGGGGGCGGCGGCGGCGGCUCCACGGCGGACCCCGAAACCGGGCAAGGAGCUGCUGAACCAAACGUUAGUGGGGCCGGGGGCGGCCGCCCCUACCUCGCUGCCCGGGCGAGGGAAGGCAGCAGGAGGCGGCAGGAGCCCCCCCGGCGGCGGUGGGGGUGGCGGGGGCGGCGCGGCCCCGGCCCAUGAGACGUGCUGGGGGUACUACGACGUGAGCGGGCAGUGGGACAAGGAGUUCGAGUGCAACAACAGCCUGACAGGCUUCCGCUACUGCUGCGGCACCUGCUUCUACCGCUUCUGCUGCAACAAGCGCGCCGAGAAGCUCAACCAGAGCCUCUGCCGCAACUACAAGAGCCCCGAGUGGGCUCACCCCACCACGGCCAGCGGCUCCCUGCCCGCCGACGGCAGCAACGGAGCUGACGGAGACGCCAACAAGUACGACCCGGACAAGGACAGCACCAACGCCACCGUCUACAUCUCGUGCGGGGCCAUCGCCUUCGUGCUCAUUGCCGGCGUCUUCGCCAAGGUGGCUUACGACAAGGCACGGCGGCCGCCCCGGGAGAUGAACAUACACAGGGCUCUGGCUGACAUCUUAAGGCAGCAGGGACCCAUCCCAAUAGCACACUGUGAAAGAGAGACUAUCUCGGCCAUAGAUACCUCCCCCAAAGAGAGCACCCCAGUCAGGACAGCGUCCAAAAACCACUACACCCCUGUGCGCACCUCCAAGAGCAACCCAGGCUAUCUGGAAGUUGAGAAUGAGUGCGACUUUGUUCUGAUUGAGUGA